UUCUUCAUCGGAUGAAAACUGAUUUCAUGAGAGAUUUGACUGCCUUCCCGCGCCAUGUUCUCGGCUUUACAUUUCAAGUUUCUAUUCAAAGAAAGUUGUGGACUACAACGCAAUCUUCAUUCAAAGGUACUCAUCGACUGAAUCGAAUCUCAAACACUAUUAUUCCCAGACGACUCAACUUUUUGGUGGGAUCCCCAGUUGAAACAAAUUGCGGAGUUCACUAUUUUUCAUUCUUGGAGUUUUUUAUGUCCAGUGAAGGUUCACAAAAGAAAGAUAAACGUCCGUUUUUUGCAGCAUCCUUUCAACUUUAUAAACAACUGACAAACCGGGCAACAUUAUUAUAUCCGAUAUGGACCUUGACUGCCUCUCUUCUGGCUCUAUUUCGACCAAGUCUUUUUAAUAGGAUUAGCUCACAAAGCAUUUCUUGGGCGCUCUCUGUCUUAAUGUUUUCUGUUGGUUCUACACUGUCUUUGAAAGACUUUGUUCCGGUGUUGAAAAGUCCACUCCCAGUACUACUAGGUUUCAUCGGUUGUUAUAUUUUGAUGCCAUUUCUUUCUGUUUUUAUUUCUCGUUUCUGUGGUUUUCAUUACGAAUAUUAUGCUGGUAUGAUUCUCUUGGGUUGUGUAUCAGGAGGACAGGCGAGUAAUCUUUCGACAUAUAUUGCCAAGGGAGAUGUUGCACUGAGUGUAGCCAUGACAACAAUUUCCACUUUAGCAUCAGUUUUCAUGCUGCCAACUCUUUCUAAGCUGUUUCUUGGAACAGUUAUUCCCAUCAGUGUGGUAGAGUUAUCCAAGUCUACUGCUGAAGUUGUACUUGCUCCAAUAUUACUAGGAAUGUUUCUCCAUUCGUGUUUCCCAAAGCUAAUGUAUGUAUUGGAGCCUGCACUUCCUCUCGUUGGUGUUGUCGCUACAAUGUAUUGUGUAGUCGGUGCCCUUUCAAAGGUGCAGAAUUUGAUAUUGAAUAGCGCAGGGGUCUUGUUUUUGCCUGUUAUGUUGCUGCAUUUUGUGGGAGGAAUUGCUGGCUAUUACAUACCUAAAUGUUUGGGUUUGAACGAGAAAGUAUGUCGCACGCUUUCCAUUGAAACCUGUUUCAAGUCACCAGCAUUAUCUUAUGUGUUGGCUAUAAAACAUUUCAGUGCUUUUGGUGUGAGAAUGCCAUCAGCAGUUUCAAUUCUAGUCUUGGCACCAUUAGCUGCAUUUUAUUCAGUUAUUUUGCGUUUUUUAUCUGUGAAGAUUGAAGAUAAUUGAAAGUUGCUUUCUAUAAAUGUAUUUACUCUUGG